AUGCCUGCCUUCCAAACCGGACAGCGAGUCAGCUACAAGCCCGUGGGCGGACGCGAGUCUCACACCAGCGAAAGCGUUGGAGUCAUUCGUGACGUGAGCACCCAUGACACGACCAUGACGGGUCGCAGGGUUGAGGCUUCGCCCGGUGAGCCUCGCUACGAGGUGUGUCCCCCCUCUUUUCCAUCGCCACAUGUCCAUGAGAUCCAGUUUCUCGUCGACAGGGAGACGAUUUUGGAUUAG